GAAAGAAGAGCCCGGACCUCGGGGAGUAUGAUCCCCUCACGCAGGCCGAUAGUGAUGAAAGCGAAGAUGACCUGGUGCUCAACAUCCAGAAGAAUGGGGGGGUCAAGAACGGGAAGAGCCCCCCUGAGGAGGUGCAGGACCCUGACUCUGACCUGGAGGUGGGGCUGACCAAGCAGCAGGGGUCUGCGGGCGCGCCCGAGGGCUUUGCAGCCGAGGCAGCAGGGGGCGGGGGGCAGAAGGCGGCCCCCCGCCUCCUGCCCUACCUGCGCACCGCCCUCUUCCUGCUCACCGUGCUGCUCUCCAUGCUCCUGGUGCUGCUCUGCGCCUUCCUCGUCCCCUGCCCCCCUAGGGACCUGCACAACACCUGGAGCCGCAGCCUGGGCCAGGGAGCAGGUGGUGUGUUGUCCCCCCUGGAGCUGUGUGAUGUGAACGGCGAUGGGCUCCCCGACAUCCUCCUUGUCUUCACUGCCCUGAUGAACGCCAGUGUCAUGGGUGUCUCUAGGCCCUCUGUAACUGUGGUGGCCCUUUCUGGUAUGAAUGGCAGCACUCUGUGGUCCAUCCAGCUUCCAGAGGAGACUCGGAGUGUGCAGUGCAAAGGGCUGUCACUGGGGGCACCUGCAGAGCCUGUCUGCCUUGUUACAGGAACAUCAAAAUUCCUCAGCCUCCUCAGUGCUUCCACAGGCAAGACCAUCUGGACACUGAACCCCAUCCACCUUUCGAGUGGGAUCCUGGCUGCACCGGCUGCAACGCUUCCGGAUGUGGAUGGAGAUGGGAUCAGGGAUAUCAUAGUCCUGGCUCUCAAAGAGAUACAGCCUGAUGUGUUUUUCAUCUUGGUGUCAGGAAGGACUGGGACUGCUUUGGGUGGGCCUGUGAAGUAUGGCACCAAUGGAGAAGGGAAGGUGAUCGGCCCCCAAGUCCACGUCACCAGCCGGGGAGCCAUCUACAUCCUGUUUGGCUUUGGUAAUGUUCAAGCAGUGGCCCUGAGGGACAUCUUCAGCCAGGCCAGGAAUCGGGAUCGCUUCCCUGCAGGGCUGGAGCAGGAGGAGCCCGAGUGGGAGAAGCGCAGAGCUGCCAACCUCUCAGAGCUCAUUGACAUCUACAGUGGGGGUGUUGACUUCCUGCAGACGAUGAAGGUGCCUGACACAAACUGCAGCAACCUGCUCAUCACAACCAAAGAGGGCUUGGUCCUGCUGCAGGGAGAGGACCUGGAGCCCCGCUGGACCCUGGAGCUGCAGAACAUCAGCAGCCAGCCUGUAGCAGGUUUCUUCAAUGCUGACCAGACUCUGGACUUCAUGCUGCAAGCACGGACUGGGGAUGGGAACAAGAAGGUGGUGGUGGUGGAUGGCAGGUCUGGCCUCCCCCUUUGGAAGCAGGAGCUCCCGUGGCAGAAGCAGCAGCUCGAUGCACUGUCAGUCAUGACCCUGGACAAGAAGUCUGUUUUCCUCUUCUGGGCUGAUGAAGCACAGCCUGUGUUACAGAGCUGGCAACCUGCUCCUAGACCUGAGCGCCCAGGGCUGCACCACCUUUAUCUCCUCCAUCCUGUGUUUCCUACAGUCCUUUUGGACCUCACCAAUGCAACAGACAAAGUCAUUGCUUCAGCAGUGGGAAUUAACGAUCUCCAGAAGGAUGCAUUCCACAUCACUGUGACAACUACUGCAAGCUCUGACAGACAGCCAGGACUCCUCUGGGUCAGCAAACUGGGCCUGAAGUGGGCCCUGCUGAGGCAGGGGCGGAUGGUGUGGCUGGGGAGCAGCACCCCCAGGGCCAGCCGGGGCGAAGUGAGGCGUGUCCUGGCACGCCUGAAAUUCCUCGACUUUCCUCAGAAGCUGUAG